CCCAGCAGUUACUAUUGCAUCCCUCUUCCAAAGUGGGUGCCUGCUGCCCGGCACCUAAAGUGCUGCCCAGCACAGACUGUCAUGCUCCCGCCGGCGCUGUACCCUCUGGAGGCGCCGAAAGAACGGGAGAAAGAAACCUGCAGCACCCCCAAUCAACGCCAUUUUGGAGAAUCGCGCUCCUUCUCUCUCAAAUUCGAACAAUAUAAAGCUGGCUGUACAGAAGACAAGAUGGCGCCCAGCAGGAAGAGCAAAGAAAGGCAGGAUAAAUCUUGCUUCCGAAUUGGAAGCGUCAAUAAAAGCACGGAAGGUCUAACUGCGCAGGCGUACAGCUCCACAAUUCGAACAAGGGAGAACCUCCAAAACGUGGUCUCUGAAUGAGACCUAUUUCACGUUAUUGAAGCUGGAGUGGCGGAAGAUAGAGUGGCGAACAGGUGGCGGGUCAGCUUCGUCGCGGGAAAAGAAGAGGAGUGCCGGGUCGCGCAUGCGCCAGCGAUAGGCAAUGACGGUCUGGAGAGACUGGCGGAAGUUAUACUUCCAAUAUGGCGGCUGAGGCAGACGCACCGCUCAAACGGCUCCUGGUGCCGAUUCUUUUACCUGAGAAAUGCUACGACCAACUUUUCGUCCAGUGGGACUUGCUUCACGUCCCCUGCCUCAAGAUUCUCCUCAGCAAAGGCCUAGGGCUGGGCAUUGUGGCUGGGUCACUUCUGGUAAAGCUUCCCCAGAUUUUUAAAAUCCUGGGAGCCAAGAGUGCUGAAGGGCUGAGUCUCCAGUCAGUAAUGCUGGAGUUAGUGGCAUUGACUGGGACCAUGGUCUACAGUAUCACCAACAACUUCCCAUUCAGCUCUUGGGGUGAAGCCCUGUUCCUGAUGCUCCAGACAAUCACCAUCUGCUUCCUGAUCAUGCACUAUAGAGCACAGACUGUAAAAGGUGUUGCUUUCCUAGCCUGCUACGCCUUGAUCCUGCUGGUGCUGCUUUCACCUCUGACACCCAUGGCUGUAGUCACCCUGCUGCAGGCUUCUAAUGUGCCUGCUGUGGUGGUGGGGAGGCUGUUCCAGGCAGCCAUCAACUACCACAAUGGGAACACAGGUCAGCUCUCAGCUAUCACAGUCUUUCUGCUGUUUGGGGGCUCCCUGGCCCGAAUCUUUACUUCCAUUCAGGAAACUGGAGACCCCCUCCUGGCUGGAACCUUUGUGGUCUCCUCUCUCUGCAAUGGCUUCAUUGCUGCCCAGCUCCUCUACUACUGGAAUGCAAAGCCUGCCCACAAGCUGAAAAAAGCGCAGUAGAGCAGAGCCAGUUACUGAAGUCAUCGGUGUUUCCAUUCACCCAUUCAACCUCAGGGUCCUCCCCAUCUGAGCCAUUCUGCUGGUGUGACUUAAUUACUCUCCAUUCCUCUGCAGUUGCAGCUUGAGCCAGAUUUACUUUUAGUGAAAAUGGAUAGUUGGUGGAUCCA